UCUCACACAAAAUUCCUCCCUUAGUAGCUAAGUUAUACCAUUUUCCUCUACCUCUCACCAUCUCAAAACUACAUGCUUGCCUAGGACCAGGAGGAGGAGGAGAAUAACAAGGAAAAGGGAAGGAGAUUAGAUGGGAUACCAUCUCUAGUUAUCUCGAUGCAUCUCCAUCAUCGAAACGCAUACGGUUUGUCCAUGCAAAUUGGCCAUAAAUCCCAAGCCAAAGCGAGUGAAUUUGAUACAACUCUUCUUUUUUUUUUUUGGCGCGCAAAGCGAUCGAUUAGAGAAGAGAAAGCGAGCAAAAGCUGAGCUUAAAAAGAGCGUCGUCACGCUGCCUCCCGCUUCCCUUCCCUUCCCUUCCCCCUCCUCUUCCUCUCCUUUUCUUGGCCUCCAAUGGCGGCGGCGCAGGCCUCGCUGCUGCAGAGCUUCCCGUUCAGGGCAGCAGUGUUCGCGGCGUGCGUGUUGCUGCUCCCUCUCGUGCCCUGGCCGCAGGCGGCGGCUGGGCUGGAUGGUCGCGGGGAGAAGUUUCUUGCCAAGGUGUGGGAGCUGCUGCAUCUGCUCGUCGUCGGGAUCGCCGUGUCGUAUGGGCUGUUCAGCCGCCGGAACGACGGCGGGAGGCGGGGCGAUGAGAAGGAUGUCGCGGCGGCGGGGGCGGUGGCGCAGGAGAAGGCGGACGCCGGGUACGUGUCGCAGAUGCUCCAUGACUCUUUGGUGUUCGACGACGGCGGUGGCGAGGUUGUGCUCGACAGAACCGGCGUUGAGGGUGGCGGCAAGGUGCGGUCGUCGUGGAGCGCGAUGCACCACCCCGACGAGCCCGUGGUCGUGGUGGCGACCGCCGGCGUGGGCGGCCUCCGGAGCCACGCCGCGGAGGCGGAACGCCAGGCGGCGUUGUCGCUGCCCGUCCGGACGCUGAAGCCGCAGGGAGAGCCCAGCGCGGGUUACGGCGAAGGCGAGCCGUGGGCGGCGCGGCCGAGCAGGAGCUCACAGGACACGCCCGGAGGCGGCGGCGCCCAUGAAACCGUGCUCCCUUCGCCGAUCCCGUGGCGGUCACGGUCCGGGAGGCUCGACGCGUCGGCGCCGAGCCCCUCGCCGUCGCCGAAGAGGCUCUCCCCGGCGUCUUCCUUGUCCAAGGAGACACUAGCGAAGGCCAGCGAGGAUUACUCCAGGCGGAGGAGCCCGUACAAGUCGUCCCCACCGGCACCGCCUCCACCGCCACCUCCCUUCCUCGUCCACGGGUACCAUCCGCCGGCCGAACGCCGCGCGGCGGCGAAGAGCUUCAAGGAGGAGCUGCAGGAGCAAACCUCCCACAGCUUCAGCAGCUCCGAGUACAGCAGCAGCAGCAACUCCUCGUCGGCGAAGCCAAGAAGCUCCAUUGAUGGCUCCUCCUCUUCCUCCUACUACCCAGUUGGCAAAUCAGUGAGAACUAUCAGAGGAGCAAGGGAAGCAGCGCAGAGCCAGAGCCAAGAACAGACCGACGCCGCCGGCGAUGCACCGGUUCUUCAUGGAUCAGAUUCAGAGGAUCCGUACGGUGGCUACAGAGCUUACCAAUCCAUUCCCAGGUUCCAGUACGAGAGGGGGAGCAGCGACCCUAUCCUGGGCAACGUGACAGUAUCGUCCGAGAGCAGCGACGACGAAGACGACGACGGCGACGGCGAGUUCUCGCCGGGAAGGGAGUCGACGCCGGAGGUGGACGAGAACGAGGUGGACAAGAAGGCCGAGGAGUUCAUUGCCAGGUUCAGGGAGCAGAUCAGGCGGCAGAGAAUCGAGUCAAUAAAGAAAUCCGCCGGGCCGCGUGGUGUCAAGCACGGCAAGUAGCUCGCCCGCCGACCGCGGCCGGCGAUCACCGGCUCCGUUCUUUCUUUCUUUUUUUUUUCCUUCCCCUUUUUUGGUUCCUCUUUAGAGCAGAGAUAGAUAUGACACUAUUUGUGAUAGCUAAUUAGCUAUGAAGAACCACCUGUAAACAAAUUACAUUCAUUUAGGUGAUGAAUGAGAGUGAGUGUAUGUUCAUGCUUAGCUGCUCAUUGCUCAUGCCAUGAGAGCAUUUCUGGUCAAAGAUGAUCUGCUCUUAUCCUUUUUAUCCAUAAUCCAUGGGAAAUAAGACUUAGAAAAAAUAA